AUGCGCAGAAACAAUAACUGUGGCAAUGGCGAUCGCUGUGGGGACGGCGAUAGCCGUCGCAGUGGCUAUAGCCGUCGCAGCAGCUUACAUAGAUCCAGGCCUCUGCUUGCUCUGAACUUUAACAGUUUGUUGGUCCUGUUCCCCAUGUGCCUGAAUGUACUCUCAUUCCUAAGGGGCAACUGCUCGUGCUGCAGGUGCAUGUUGAAGAAGCAAUUGGAUCAUAAUCUCACCUUCCACAAGCUGGGAUCCUAUAUGAUUUGCCUGCACACAGUCAUUCACAUUGUUGCUCACUUGUUCAAUUUUGAAUGGUGCAACAUGAGCUACAAGGCUGAUAAGGACUCCUUGACUUUCACCCUCUCUACUCUGUGCCUCCAUGAGAAGGGAAGCCUGUGGUUAAGCCCUUUUCUCUUCCCAAACAUGGUAAUAGAGCAUUUGAUGUUCACCAGCACGUAGCCAUUCCACACUGGAGUGAUCAUCACCUUAGCCCUGAUCUUCAGGGCUCUAUCUGAGGUCACAGAGUCUAUCUGCUGCUGCUACUUUGAGGUCUAAUGGUACACACACUACCUUUUCAUCAUCUAUUUCACUGGCCUUGUACUUCGUGGAAUUAAGUCUCUGGAUGCCUCCCCUCCCCACCUAUCCACUCCUUGCCUUAUCUCACCCUCUGAGUCCUGGAAGUGGGCUCUAGCCCCAGUCAUCCUCUAUGUCUUUGAAUAGCACCUCUGAUCAUGGCAGAAGGUGCUGAUCUCCAAGGUGGUCCAGCACCCUUAUAAAGUACUGGAGCUUCAGAUGAACGAGUGAGGUUUCAAUAUGGAAGUGGGACAGUAUAGCCUUGUCAGUUGCCCCUCAGUGUCUCCCUUGGAGUGGAGUGUCCCUUUCACCUUGACCUCAACACCCAGAGAACAUUUUUUCUCUAUCCACAUUCAGGCGGUUGGGGACUGGACGAGACUCAUAAGAGCAUUUGAACAACAGAAAUCCCCUGUGCCCACAUGUGAUCUAGAAAUAGAUGGUCCAUUUGAUACAGCUAAUGAGGAUGUUUUUCAGUAUGAAGUGUCUAUGUUAGUGGGAGCAGGAAUUGGGGUCACCCUCUUUGCUUCCAUCCUGAAAUCCAUUUGGUACAAAAUUUAUUUCUACUUCAUCUCGUUCAAUGACCUGCUGGCUUCCCUAGAAUAGAAGGUGGAAGAGUAUGAAAAAGUGAGUUUCUUAUCCUCUAUGGGCUCUUCUUCACUGUGUAGGACAUUGGCCCAGGCUGGUCAUGCAGCACUGCAUGUUGACAAAUUUACUGAUGUUACGACUGGUUUGAAGCAGAAAACUUCCUUUGGGAGAUCUGCGUGGGACAGUGAAGUUUUGGCUGUGGCUGCUGUCCAUCCCAGAUCAGUGGUAGGGGUUUUCCUGUAAGGCCCCCAGACCCUGGCAAAAAGUUGUAACCACUGCUCCAGCUUGGAUCCCAGGAAGAUCCAGUUCUGUCUCAAUGAGGAAAACUUCUAAUAGAGGAGGCAAGAC